GCUGGAGGUCGGGACGCCGAGCGCUGUUUGUGUGUGCGUACCAACUCGGGAUAACGGCGCCGUAGGACACAGGCAGACGUUAGAUCACCGGAAACGCUGCGCUGCUGCUGCGGUGGAUGCGGAGGAUGACGGGAAAAGACCCGGAGAAAAAAGGACAAACAGAAGAAGUUUAAACUCAAACUGGACCGGUAAUUUAAUCUAAUCUAAUCCGGCCAGACUUUAACGUAUGGGAAACUUCAACGGGCUGAGACAUCCCCUCAGGCUGGAUGUGGACUCAUGACUGAAGUUUUUAUUCUGACAUGAAAAGCAAACAACUUCUUUAAAACGCUCUGACUGCAGUUUUCACCACUUCUGUUUCCAACCGGAUUCUUGAUUUAUGGGACAGGGUGAGUAAAGCGAUGAACCGGGACAGAGCGGUGCCGGGGCCCGGAGCAGACGGGGUUCAGACCAUUAUUAACCGGGACAGAGCUGUCGUGGCGGGGCCCGUUGUAACGGACGCGGUCCAACCCGUGAUGAGCCGGGACAGAGCGGCACCGGCUCCUGGAGGGGACGGGAUUCAGACCGUGGUGGGCCCGGAAAGCCAGGACAUCCUGGACGGAGGUGCAGCCGGGGAGAAGCGGCUCUUCUCCAACGCUAUAGCCGAAGGAAGAGGACCUCAGGCCGUGGAGAACCACUCGGAACCUCCACCGACGAACCCAGUGUUAGCGCCGCCACAGCAGGUAGAUACACAGGAAUAAAGUUCAGUAUGUUUACAGGAGUGAAGCAGCGAGAAAACCAGUCCUUGAAAAAGUGAAUGUAACUUUUGAUUGCACGAAAAGCAGACUGAGAAAAGGGGUAAAAGUGCGUAAAAUGAACAACCCAUUAGCGUAUAAACUGUGACCCAUGACUCAAGAAGAGAAAAUUCACAAAAUUAAGACAAGAAUGUUUUGUCUUAGGUUAUUUAUUGUAGUUUGAGUCGUUAAAAUAAUGUCGUUUGGUUAUAGCACGACCUGCAUGUGUUGACAUGUUGUUGGAGUCUAAAUCGUGCUGCCAGCUGAGCUCUUAAUUAAGAUACAGCUGUAAAAUUAACAGCCAAUUUGCUGCUGUAAUGCGCAGGAAACAAUAAAAACCAAACAUUAAGAUAUCAUCAAAUGCGUUUCCAUAAAGGCUCCGAAGGAAACAGGCAGUUUUCAGCAAAAACAUGAAACUCUUCUUCUGCGGUUGAAACGAAAAGAGACGAAUUUUUAAGUCACAUUUUUUUAAAGUUAUCAUUUAAUUACAAUUUAAAGCUGAAAAAAAAAAACAUCUGUCCCUCUUUAUCGAAUUAUUUCUAUUCACCAAUUAAAAAAAGCCCGUUUAAUAUUACUCUAAAAAUGAGGAAAUACGAGUUUCUCCUCAUUUUCUCCCGAUUAAAGUUAAUUCUCUCAGGAAAUAAAACACAUUUAUGAUGAACUGUGGAUUAUGUCAAACAAAGGAUUAUUGCUCCUAAUCUCAGCUGUGAUCCUGGUAUUGUGUGAUUAUUUUCUUAUCAUCAGAUGUUAAUAGGCCCCAGGGCUCUGCCCGCUGCUCCCUCGGAUUAUUGAAAGAGAGAAUUAUAAUAUUAUUAAUGUGGGAUUAUUCAUGUGGACAUGCUCCAGACUGGCCUCAUUAAUAAAUGAACGAUCCUAAUCAGGAUGGAGUGCAGGUGAAGGCUCGUGAAGCCUCUCUACACCUUUAUCUGCUCCAUACACUCUGCACCUUUUUAACUGCACAUAAAUCUGUGAGGGUAUAAAUUCACACUUCAUAUCUGUCUUAACUAUUCCUAUAAUAAACACUGUGCACUCAGACGGAGUCAAACUCAAGUUGGAAUUUUAUUACAAUUGUGAUUUGAUUUUUUUAAUUAGACACGUGCACACUGCUUUUCUUUCCUUAUUUUAUUAUUUUAAAUUUUUUUUGCACAACAUAAUGUCUGUAACAAAAUAAAAAUACGGCCCAGUUCAUUUUCGUCCCCUCUCCUUUGAACACGUGACCCGUGGCCUCUAAAUAUAAAGGGGAUUGAUUGGUGUGCCAGCUGAUAGCCUAUUGACCGCAACAUAUUGGAUUGAGGAAAUCUUGUUGAUUUGUGUUUAUGUUGCGCGUGUUUUACUUUGUAAAUACAGUUUACUGCCCGUUUAAAGACUGUGCUGCUGUCUCAGGUCAACAUGUUCAUUUUCAGUUUCUCUGAUACGGACGAGAAUUUUGUAUUUCCCGCGUUGCAACAGUUCAUACUGAAAUAAUAAUUAUAAAUAGAUUUCUAGAUGGAUGAAAUAAAUGUUACAAGUGUCAAUUAUUAUUUGAAUCAUUUUAAGAAGAAAAAUGACAGAAAAAUCCACAAGUUUGCUCAGAAGUGGAUCUUUUUUCUGCACUGAAGAUGAAAUAGAAGAUGGCUCAAACGAAAUUUCGCGUUUCAAAUAAAUCUAGCUAUGGAUAGAUAAAUAGAUAAAUGAACGAACAGCCCGGUAUUAAAUAUUUAUUUUUCCACCAAGAAUUUUCAUAUGAAGCAUGGAACAAUUAUUAGAUGAAUAAAAAAAUAACAUUAUGGCGGGAAAAAAAAAACAAAAACGAUCUGGCGAAGAUUUGACAAUAAAGCGCAUAACAGUGACAAUACGGCGCAUAAAAAUUACAAUAUGGCGCAUGAAAAAAAAUAGUGGGGCUUUAAUUAAACUAAGGUGAUGAUAAAUUAAAGACAGUCCGCUUUUAAAAAGAGUUUUCACCAUCAAAACGAGCGCAUGUCGCCUACAAAAUGAAGCUACAGCGCAUUAAUAAUUCUGACGCGGUGCCUCACAGGGCCCGACCGGACACCGGACCACCUCCUUCUCCGUGCUCGACAUCCUGGACCCGAACAAGUUCACGAGCAACCGGCGACCCCAGCAGCACGGGAGCCACCGAGGAGAGCGCGAGCUGAGCGCGUUCGGAGCAGAGAACCGGAGAGGAGGAGGAGGAACCGGGGAGCGCGAGCCCAGCCUGGAGCCCGCCAAAGGGUGCUACGGAGGGGAGGAGUACCCGAGCAGUAAGUGUUUAACCCAAGUUCAUCUUUAAAGCCGGUUCAUCUCAGGAAGUUUGUUUGUUUUCUGUUUUAGUUAUUUUCCCGCCAUUCAGCCCUAAGCUGUACACGCCAUUCUGAGCUCGUGCACACGUUUAACGGUGAAUUAUAUUUGUAUUAAAGUUUUGAUCCGUUUUGUCCACUCAGACUCAUCCACUUUGUCUGUGUGUUCCUCCUAUGGCUGCCAUUUUUGCUGGUUUCUUUCAAGAUUGAUUUUUUUUUUAAUGAUUGAAAUUUGUUCAUAUAUAAUAUAAUCCUUUAUUAUUUUUUUCUAAUAAUCCUUUUAGCAAUAUAAGGAGCCCAUUGUUUCUGCUGAAUUUGUCAGAGUUUGGAAAAUGUGCUGUUUUUAGAUGAGGUUUUAUGAGCCACAGGAAUAUUUGACUGAAGUGUUUCAAACUCAUAGCCUCGCUAUCCUCACAAAGUCAGACAAAAAUAACAUCUUCACAUCUAUUGGCAGGACGGAUAAUGACGCAUGCCUGCCGAUAAUCCUUGUAGAAGAAAAAGAGUGUUUUGGACUGAAAGUGUUGAUAAUCUCGUUUUUAAAAAUCGGAUAUUAAACUGGAGGAGUCUCAGUGUCGGACAGGAAGUCUCGGCUCUUCCACUACAGGAUAUAAAAAAGGAAAAAGAAAGAAAAUAUUGGUCAUUCAAUCUGCUAAUAAAAAAUGUGUGAGGUUUUGUCACAGUGUGUGUGUGUGUGGUUGUGUGUGAUCACUUGAUCACUGUUAUUGAUUAGUGAAUAUCAGUUUAAAGCAGCUGUGUGUGUGUGUGUGUGUGUGUGAGAGAGAGAGAGAGAGAGAGAGAGAGAGAGAGAGUAAGAGAGAGAGAGAGUCUCCAUUCAGACCCAUUAACUCCAAUCAACUCAUUUGCUGUAUAUAGUCAUCAUCGAUAAAGAUAUCUGAUAUUAUCUCGACGGUUUAUUUAUUUUCUCUUCAUUCGUUUUCCACGGUUUAGCCAUAUUUCAUUUUUUUAUUCUCUUUUAUUCUUCAUUUCUUCCCCUAAAUCUGAAUUUAGUUUUUAUAAUUUCCUGAUCUCUGAAAACCUGAAAAUUCCUCACUAAACAUUAUAAAAACAAGAAGUUCUAACGAGUUUUGAGUGAACAUGCUGAACAUUUUAAAGUCUUUAUAUCACAUUUCAUAAUUAAAGAUUAGUUUAUCCUGAUAAGAUAAUGCCGCAAAAAAUCCGUAGAUUAUUGUGUAUUACCAUGAAGUAAAAAAGACAGCACUCUAUUGAUAGAAGUCCAAAUAGUACAGAAACAUCCCUUUAGAUUGUUGUUUGGAUCAUUUCUGUUUUUUUAUAUAAACUGAAUAUGAGUAUUGGUCAUGACAUUUACAUUUUAAAUGACAUCCAACCAUUUUUUAAUUUAUAUCAGUGAAAACUAUGUCUUUUUUUCCCCAAACACUAAUUUAUUUUUACUUUCAGUAAAUUGGUGGAAUCCUAAUUAUUACCAUUAUUUACGUAACCUUUCUUAUUGCGGUAUUAGGUACAAGAUACAUAAUGAACUCUGUUUUUUUUUUUAGAGAAAAACUAUGCUUCACAAGCUUGGCUUUUUUUAGCCUAAUAAUUAAUUACAUUUUGUAUGUUUUUGUCUUUUUUUCUAUUUUUAAUUCAGAGUUGUUUUUUUAUGUUUUCAGUCUCCAUAGGUGCAUUAGGCAAAAAAGAAAAUGAUAAAUAAAUAAAUAAAUCCCGAUGUGAGUGAAUGUAGAGGUGUUUUCCCUGCAGAACAACACUGAUUUAUUUCAGGUGACAGUUUUAAGCUGCAGUGCUUAAACUGUACAUUACUUAUACAGUAGUAUUGUAAUAGUUUCUUUGUUUAGAGAUGUUCACAUUUUUCAAGGUGAGCAUUGAGUCUGAGGCACCUGACUGGAGACCCUCAGGUGUUGAUUUCCUAAUUGAGCUUUAAAUUUUUAGAGAAAUUAUUCUGUUGUGAAUUACAAAAUUGUCUUAAUUAAAGGAACUUUGAUGUGUGGGGAUAGAAAUAUAAGAACACCAUGGAAGGAAGCAGGUUAAGGUAGCUGUAAAUGAAAGGAUGGUGACUUGAAUGAAAGUCUGUGUCCACCAUAGAAGAAGAUCUGCGUGGGUGGGGUGUAGAUUCAGAUGUAGUCCUUUGUUAACACAACCAUUUCCAAACUGAGGCCUGUGGACCAACAGUGACACACUAAAGCUUCAGCAAAAGGGCUGAAUGACUUAAACACCCAAGUCUUUGACAUAACACUGAAUAACUGACAUUGAAUUUCAAUUUAUGAAAGCUCACAGUUAAUAUACAGCAAACAUAACACUAUAAUAAUGAAAAAUAAAAAAUAAAAAAACAGCUGAUUACCAUAAAGUUAGUGAAGGCAUUAUACUGACCUGAGUGCAGCAACAACUCCUGGAUGUGGAAUAAAAGUUGUAGUUAAUUUAAGACAGAUUAUAUUGAGGAACUUUAAAGGGGAAAAAAUCAACAAGGUCCCAUGAUUCAAUUUUUAAAAGAAGGAAAGAAAAAUCAGCUUUUUCUGUGUGCAUUUAUUCCUAAUAAAAACAAACUGAAACAGAACUAGAAUGCCAAAAUAAUAAUAAUAAUGAGAAGAAGAAGAAAAUAAUAAUAAUAGUAUGAUUAUUAUUAUUAUUAUUAUUAUUAUUAUUAUUAUCAUUAUUACAGUGGAACAGAUGUCCUUAUGUUCAACUGAUAAAGGCUUGUAAAAAUGAUAAUUUCUUCAAACAUUUUAAAUUCUUAUUUGCAGAAGUAAGGUUAAAUAAUUUAUUUUGAAAUAUUUUUUUCUUUUAAAUAAUUCAACUACACCUAAGCAGAUAUAAAUGCCUUAGUAAAUGUCUUUUUUAUUAUGAGUUAAUUUGCUGUCUAAAUGUGUUUUUUACGCACUCACACACACCUGGGGUCUUUUGGUAGCCUCACACACCCUGAAAUUGUCCAAACUGAUGUGAAGUUUAACUGUUCAUAAAAUAUGUAAUUGAUGAAAAAAAAGGCUGCAGGGCUCCAGUCCUGGUUUAGUUUGUUUACAGGUGCAGUGUGGAGGAAUGGGAGUAUUUUGUGAUAUCUAGAGUUAUGAUUUUAGACUGAAAUGCUCCCUUGCUCAACCCUCUGACUCACUUCACACAAAAAUCUCUCUGAUAUUGCAGUUUUUAUUAUUUGUUCAAGCUGCAUGUCAGCGUUGGUUAUAUUUACAUUUUCAUAAUAACAUAUAUAUAUAUAAAUUUACCACCUGAUGCACGACAAACUUGAGUCAGGAAUGUGGUGAAUUUUCUGUUUUCUUUUUUUAAUUUUCAUUUUGUUUUUCCAUUUGUAGUUAUUCACUAUAUUUCAACCUUCACAUGUUUAACUUCUGAGUAUAAUAUUUAUUCAUACAUUGCUGCUAAAAGCAUCCUUCUUAAAGAGCAUGUAGUACAGAAAACAAGACUCGGAGUGACAGUAGCAUUAUUAUCAUAUAGUUUGUCCAGCAGAGGUUGCUCUAUUUUACAACACUUCCAGCACUGUCUGCAGCACAUGUGAGCGUAUUACAGAGGGGCAGAUGUUUGCUCACACACACAAAAAAUAAUUUCUCUACAAUUAUGAUUUUUAUAGUGAUUAAAUACACAACAUCCUCUAUCUCUAAAAAAAAGGGAAAAAAAUACAUUUGAUCAUGAUACUUGAUAAAAUCAUGAUAAAAAAGUAACUUAAAAAAAUCCCAAUCAAUCACAGCAAUUAAUUAAUGACGCUUUAUGCUUAUAGAAUCCCUUUACUGUCCAUUUCAAAAGUCUGAAUUAUUAACUAUGUAAAGGAAGAGAUAUGCCGAAUGUCCGGUCAGUGUCUCUGUGGUGUGCAGUCGUCCUUGCUGUUUGAUUUCUCACUGACGUCCAGGGAUCCCUGGUUAAUGCAACAGUAUAUUUGCUCUUUAGAGGAGUUUCAGUUUGUUUGCCUCAUUUUUUUACAAGGGUCCCGUAUGACUAAAGCUUCUGUUCCUCAUAAGGCAUGACCCGGUCAUGACAUGCCAACCUGAAGGUGUUUUUGAGACCUGAGUCAGACCUGAUGCCUGCAGCGUCUUUACAUGAACCUCACUUCAUGAAACCAGAAUUUUAUUUUGACAUCAACUUUGUUCUGUCUUUCCAGAGGAGAGCUUUGUGUACAGAAGUCCAGAUGAGGAUGACUACCACAGAUCUGGGACCCCGGACUCAGAGGCUCCAGACGGGCCCUACAGCAGUGAGGAAAGCAGUUCAGCUCUGCCCAGUAAUGGAGACAGAGAUGUGAACCAGCACUCAGACCCAGGCAGAGACACAGCAAGUCCAGAAGGAGGACCUGCUGGCCAGAUCCCCAAUGUCCAGACCAAUGGGGGCCAGAACCAACAGGGCAAGCCCAAGAGGAAGCGCUCAGGCUCAGACUCCAAGUCAGGGAAACCCCGCAGAGCCCGGACUGCCUUCACCUAUGAGCAGCUGGUGGCGCUGGAGAACAAGUUUAAGUCGACACGUUACCUGUCAGUGUGCGAGCGACUCAACCUGGCGCUCUCGCUCUCCCUCACCGAGACCCAGGUCAAGAUCUGGUUCCAGAACCGUCGCACCAAAUGGAAGAAACAGAACCCAGGAGCGGACACCUCUGCGCCGACCGGAGCAGGAGGACAAGGGGGAGGAGGGGGAGGUAACGGAGGGGGAGGCCUGGGAAGCCUUAGCCCGCUGAGCCCCUCACCACCCAUCAGUGGGCACCUGGCCAUGCACGCAGGCUACGCCGGACACCAUCACCCCCCAACUGGCAGCCUGGUCCAGCUGCCAUUCCUCACCGCCAGCCACGUCCUGUCCCCCUUCAUGCUGGGGACGCAGAGCUACGCCGCCCCCGCCUUUUACAGCACACAUCUGUAGAAACACACACACAGACACACACA